AUGCCUGUGGCGACUGCGCCAUCACUACCCAAUCUUUCUGCACCCCCUGUUGGUAAUAUAGAGAUUAACGCCCCUGCGGCGAUGGUGACUGAAAAGGAACCCACACCAGACGCUGGCGUAAAUAGUACUCCUAAUAGCGUUGCUAAUACCGCUGUAGAGGUUUCUUCGGCUGGGGGCGGUAACGGCGGUGUCACCGUGUCGCGUGAGGAGCGUGAGCGGCAAAUAAAGCUUGGGCUUUUGCUUGUGCGACUUGGCGGUGCGAAAGAGACGGACGUCUUUGGGGUGCGUGGGCUGGUUGUACCUCCGCGCGACCUCCUUGUCAUUCAUCGCCCAGAGGAUGACGCGGAGGCGCGGCGGCCCUUUAGGUGGUACGACCCAAUCUCUUGGUUUCUCAGCGGCCCACGGCCUUCCCCAAUGAGAUGGAGUUCGACCACAGCUAUUUCAAAGCCGUCACAAGCGGUACCACAGAAAGUCACAACGAAAAGUACAGCUUCAGUGGCCUCUGCUAUCGAUGCUUCUAGUGUCGCUGCCACUGUUGCUGCUGCCACCACUACUGCAGCUGCUAGUCCAAAGGUGAAGAAAAAACGUCCUCUGCCUGCUGUCAACAUGCAACCACUAAAAGAUGAUGAGACACUAGAGCCUGUGGUGAAAGAGGAGCGGGAGAAGUUGCUCAAGGACGAGGCGGCGGUACACGGUGUUCUGGACAGCAUUGAGGAGGCCCGCUACAAAUAUUUGGUCCCGUCGCGGAUCCUUGGUUGCGAGGCGGAGGUGAUGUCUGUUUUGCAGUGCUACAUCAAAAGUAACGCUGCGGCAAGAAAAAUAGCAGACGCCGAAGAAUCAUUAUUACCCACAGCACUUCCAGCGGCAGCGGAUGUGUUGCAGUGUGGGCCUGUUGUGGCGCUGCUGAAACGGUGCGCAGAGGGAAUGGUUGCAUCUUAUAGUGAGGCCGAUGGCGGCCACCCAUAA